GCUCGACAGCGGGCACCGCGUCAUCUGGCAAGGCAGUGGGCUCCGAGUCAACAGGCACGACAGUGGGCACACCGGGUCAUCAGGUACUGGAUUGUCUGGCUCGACAGCAGGCAUCGGGUCACCAGGUAUGACAGCGGGCACUGGGUCACCAGGCAUCAGGUCAUUUGGCUUGCCAGCGGGCACCGCGUCAUCUGGCAAGGCAGUGGGCACCGGGUCACCAGGCAUUGGAUCGUCUGGCUCGACAGCGGGCAUCGGGUCACCAGGCAUCAGGUCAUUUGGCUCGCCAGCGGGGCACCGCGUCAUCUGGCAAGGCAGUGGGCACCGAGUCACCAGGUACGACAGCGGGCUCUGAGUCAAUUGGCACGACAGCGGGCACCGGAUCAGGUACCGGAUCAUCUGGAUCAACAGCGGGCAUCGAGUCAACUG